ACGCUGAUGUUUUAGCGUCAUUGCUAACUGUAGCUAACAUUACUCUGAGAAACAAAUCAUAGACGAAAAAUUCCAUCAAAGCCAGACACAAACGACUGAGCUGAAGUUAACUUAUUUAGAACACGGCACUCUUAAAUACUCGAUUCUGAUUGGUCCAUCGCCAAAAUUCAGCGGUGUUUAUUUCUCGACAGACGACCGCCUGCUCAGGAAUUCAUGGACACUCAUAGACUAAAGGGGCAAUCCGUUAAUGUGCCAAGCUCAAUAACAAAUUGCCAGCUGAUUUGAGUGGCAACAUAUGGUGCAUUUUCCGGACAUUGACAAAUUUGAUUCGGGAGGACAAAACACUUGACAUGUGGCUGGAGAAUGACAUGUCGCCAGCAAAAAAAAGAAUGGAAAAGUAACAACGCUGGACCAACAGGUGAAGCAAUAUUAAGGCACAAGCGACUUGAGGACACAGAGAUUGACAAGAUUGAAACGGACAGACACGAAAAAGACACCAAGAAAAACACGGAUGAGGAGGUCCUCCUCCUCCUCUCCUCUCCCAGCUCCUCACCCCAUCCCCCCCUCUCUCUCCUCCUUUUCCUCCUCUCUCUCCUCUCUGACUUGCUGUCCUGAACUUGACCUGUCUGUCACACUCAGCCCUGGCUCCAAGGCCAGCCACAUACACAUGAAGCCUCACCCACUGAAGAAGAGUCAGCAGAGUAACCAGUCAGAGCUGAAGCCCCACCCCAGAGGACAGACAGGAAAAAAGCAGAAAACACAGGUAUGUUCUGAAGAGCUGGUGGUCGUCACAGUAACACCGGAACCUGACAUCAGACCUCAGAGGGGGAGCAGAAGACAUCACCAUGUCCCCAGACAGUGGGCGGUGCCUCCAGCUGAAGCAUUCAAUCAAGGUCCUGACUGCCUGGAGAAGGUGGAGCCAAACACCACUCUGGCUUUAAAGGCGGAGCUUCAGUCACUGCAGGGGCUGAUGUUUAACUCCCAGAAGGCCAUCCAGGAAACUCUACAGAGGUCUGAGAGGACCAAAAACCUGAUUAAUACCAGAGCUACUGAGGUAGUGAAUGUCUCUCGCUCUCAGCCUCUCUUCACCUCACUGGUCAGCAUCAGUGUGCACAAGGAUGAGCUGAUCAGCCAGUUGCUGCAAGAUAGGCUGCUGCAGGCCUCAACCCCCUGCUGCCAUGGAAACAAGGCAGCAGAUAGCCCCUUGCCUCUCUUCUUCAUGACCUCUGACCUCCUAAGACAGAAGCCCCUCCCACCAGAGGAAGCACCAGUAAGCAUCAACCCCCGCCCAUUAACACACCACGUCCAGUCAGCCUUUGAUCUCUACAGACAACAGAGACGCUAUGAGGCCACCCCAUGACACACAGAAUAGUUGUGCUUGGGUGGAGGUACUGAGGCUCUUAUUGACUGUGUGAUGUCAUUGAAUAAUAAUCCAUUUUUAAAUUAUAAAUAUAUACUGUUAUGUUUUGAUUCAUGUAAAGAGCUACUUUUUGUUUUUUCAAUAAAAUCUUUUCAAACA